CAGGCAGAAACUCUCUCUCUCUCUCUCUAACACAUACACACUAUGAUCACCCACUAAUGUCCCUAUCUCAACCUCUAGUGUCCACACUCUGUUUCUCCUAAUCACUACAUAAACAGCCCUGUCAGCCUGCAAAGCUAGACCUCCCCAACCUCCAUCACUCACUUGACUCGCUCUCUCACUCCUUCAAAAGCUUCAGAACCAACUCUCAUCAGUCAUGGCCGAGGGAGAAGAUUAUAAGCUGUAAAAAAAAGAGAAAAAAGAAAGGAUGAAACAAGGAAAGUUUCCGCCUUUUUGUUAGCUGAGCUCUCGGAUCAGAUUCCUGUACGGCGGUUGAUUCUGGGUCCGUGUCAAAAGAUGGAUCCUCCAAUUGUCAAUGAAUCUUCGUUCUCCGCUGCGAACCCAUCUUCCUACAGUUUGGCUGAGAUUUGGCCGUUCAAUGGGGAGCCGGGUAAUGGCGGGUUGGGGCUCCGAAUGGGGAAUUUGAGCGGGUUCUUGGAUGGUCAGAUGAACCGGGACGGGUCGGCGGAGGUGUCCACCGUGACGGAGCAAAGCGGUGGUGGAGGAAUUGGGAGGAAGAGGAAGGAUGUGAGUUCGGAGGACGAGUCCUCCAAAAUGGUGUCCACUAGUAGUGCCAAUGAUCUGAACAUGUCAAAUGGAAAGCGCAUAAAGUCACUGGUUUCAAGGCAUGACAAUGGUGGAUCAAGAGCUGAAGGAGAAUCAAGUUCUGCUGCUGGUGAUAAGCAGGCUGGACAGAUUGCAAAGCCCUCUGAACCACCAAAGAAGGAUUAUAUUCAUGUCAGAGCACGAAGAGGCCAAGCUACAGAUAGUCAUAGCCUAGCUGAGAGAGCAAGGAGAGAAAAGAUCAGUGAGCGGAUGAAGAUUCUUCAAGACUUAGUCCCUGGAUGCAACAAGGUUAUUGGAAAAGCACUCAUCCUUGAUGAGAUUAUCAACUACAUUCAGUCACUGCAGAAUCAGGUCGAGUUCUUAUCAAUGAAGCUUGAAGCAGUCAAUUCAAGGAUGAACAUCAAUCCUACUAUUGAUGGAUUUCCAGCAAAAGAUCUUGGUGGGCAGCCAUUUGAUGCAACUGGGGUGAUGCAUGCUUCGCAAGCAGCAAGACAGUACAGUCAAGGAUCGCAAUCAGAAUGGUUGCAUAUGCAGUUAGGUGGGGGUUUCGAGAGGCCGAUGUGAUCUCAAGAAGCACGGCACACUGGAUCUAAAAGCACUGUGGAAUAAGAUGGCUGUGAGAGAUUAUUCACCAAAGAGAAAUUACAUCCUGCGCAUGAAUUAUUACACACGCCCCAUUGAUUUAUAAUGUCGUAGAUCCAUCUCUUUGUAGAAAGCGCAUCUGGUUCCAUACAACAUCUUAAGUGUAUUUAAUGUGAUUACUUUUUGAUUUUCUUUUGCACUCAGAAGGUCAAUUUCUAGUGGAAAUUCUGAACAUCAUUAGUUAGAUGAUUAAAGGAUCGUGCUUUGUGAGAUCAGUAGUGAAAUAUAGUUCUGCUAGCUUUCCUCCAAUCACUGGUGCCGAUAGAUGACUUGGAAUUACAUAUGCAUAUUAAGUGUAUUUGAUGUGAUUACUUUUUGAUUUCCUUUUGCACUCAGAAGGUAAAUUUCUAGUGGAAAUUCUGAACAUCAUUAGUUA